UCAGCUUGUGGAGUUUCAGCACUUUUAUAGACAUGUCUUCAGAAGCGCGGUUAUACACCUUCAGCGACGAGACGAAACAGAAGCUCCGCAAGUUCCGCCUGGGGACCUCCCGGGCCAAAGACCCUCAAGCUGUCAUUUAUCAAAUCGACAAAAAGACCCUGGAAAUACUACCAGACGACGACACCGUGUACACCAAUCUGCAGGAUAUCGCGGAUGAGCUGCCGGACCAUGCGCCGCGAUUCGUGCUGCUGAGCUACCCGUUGACGCUGGACUCCGGCAGACUAUCAGUCCCAUACGUCAUGCUCUACUACCUUCCCGUGACGUGCAACAACGAAGUCAAGAUGCUGUAUGCGGGUGCGAAGGAGCUGAUGCGGAAUACGGCCGAGGUGAACAGGAUCAUUGAGAUUGAUUCGCCGGACCACUUGGAUGAUAUCGAAGCGAAGCUAAAGGAGUGAUGGGCGUGGAAUUGCCUAUGCUGGGCGUGUUUUUCACCUUUCAAGUGCCUAUCCUGUAGAGGAGACGAUGUUGCUGCUCUAAGCGUCAGGUACUUGGUCGCACUCGCACGAAAAGCAUCGUGAAGCUAUACGAUCCUCCGAGCACCUUGACAAGUCAUCCACUGCUGCAUCUCCU